CAAGCGAGCUCUUUUUGGAGUUCAAUUAUUAGUUCCAUUUAAUUUGAGAACCGACCGAGGCAUCGAGAUGGCACGUACCAAGCAGACAGCCCGAAAAUCGACCGGUGGCAAGGCACCGCGAAAACAAUUAGCUACCAAGGCCGCACGGAAGAGUGCACCAGCAACCGGUGGUGUUAAGAAACCUCAUCGUUACCGUCCGGGAACAGUGGCCCUCCGUGAAAUCCGUCGGUACCAAAAAAGCACAGAGUUAUUGAUCCGCAAAUUGCCUUUCCAACGGUUGGUCCGCGAAAUCGCCCAGGAUUUCAAGACCGACUUGCGUUUCCAGAGUUCUGCCGUUAUGGCGUUGCAGGAAGCCAGCGAAGCGUAUUUGGUAGGACUUUUCGAAGAUACCAACUUGUGCGCUAUUCACGCUAAACGUGUGACCAUUAUGCCAAAAGAUAUUCAAUUAGCCCGUCGUAUCCGAGGAGAGCGUGCUUAAUAUCGUGUCUUUUAUAUUAUUACUAAAACGGCCCUUUUCAGGGCCACAAAAUAUAACAAAGGA